CCAAAAUCGGGACUGGGAUGGGGAAGUAUGGAUGUAAUUGGCGCUUCAGGACUGAUAAAGUGUGGAUGUAAUUGGCACUUAAAUCAAUAGACAGUAGAUGUAUAGUAUAGAGUAUAGUGUUGACAAAUAAAGUUUCAGGGACAUAUAACUCAACAGAACUCUAAACCGCAGACUCGUAACUCCAGUAGCAUUAAAGAGUUAUCAUUCGGCGUUUUAAAUGCGCAUAAAGCAUUAUAUCCUUUUCAAAUGUGUUUGAGAUAAAAUCCUGUUUGUUUUUAGGGUUCCGUUCCUGGGUUAUAACAUGGUAUUUUAGUUGCGGAUCGAACUGACACAAUUUACAUUCUUAAUUACUAAGCUAAUGAAACCAAAGUGUUUUAAACAUUUUUUAAUACAGUUGCUCAAAAAACGCUACAUUACGUAGCUGUUUAGCGUGCGGAAAGUUGUAUUUCGCGAACUAGUGCUUUUUACUUUUCCACUUGUUCCAAUUCAUGACUACUUAUUGAUGAGUGUUAAUGUUAGUUUCCUUUAAACGUCGUAAUCAACUUAAAAACCUACUGUUCAUGUAAAAAUAAUAAAUAUAAGUGUAUUUCGUAUUUUAUUACUUACCUCUUCAUCAUUAUAACACGUUUAUUGAAUAUUGAAAAACCGUUCUUAAUAAGAUGUCUGAAUGGAACGGAAUAGCUGCCGAAACGCCUGUCAAAGCAGAGGCGUUUUUACUGCAAGAAUGUUUUAAGUUUCCAAAGGCAACAUUCGAUAUUGUUUUCAUACAAUUUAAAUAUACGAUACACAAAUAAUCGUAAAUAACGAUACUUAGGUAAUAAUAGUAUAAUAUUUACAAUUGUUUCUGUCUUAUAGAACAUGCAUAAAAAAAUAAUUGUUUUUUUUUUCAUUUUUCGCAACUGUAUUAAAAAAAGUCGUUCGAUACACGUGCAGAAAUGUCAUUCUACAUAUUAGAACGUAGUGAUUAUAUGCUCUUUGCUACACUCGUCCCGAGUCUUACUCGCCUACGGCUCGUGGCAAGAUACCUAUCUCGGUACUCGUGAAGUAAUGACAUACUUUCCGCACUAGCAUCGAAAUGUACUAUUGUAUCCUUGUAAUUUAGACAGACCACUAAUGUACCUCCGCCUUGUAUCGCAUUGCUCUUUUGGAAUUGUUUUCAGGGGAUUAUCCAACUACAUAAAACUAAACGCACCAGCACAGCAACCUAACCGUAGAGACACGACCAGACUGUUGUCUAACAAACAGGUAAAAUUGGUAACACACGGUUGGAUAUCAUCUGCUGAAGACGGUAUGGUUACGAGCAUCAAGAAUGCUUACUUGAGAAGUAAAGAUGUCGCAGUAAUAGCUGUUGACUGGAGUGAUACGGCGAAUGACUAUAACUAUCCGUUUGUAGCGAAGAGCAUAAGGAAAGUGGGGGCACAUGUUGGACAAUUUUUAAAUGUGUUUUGCGAACUUUAUAAUAUUUCCGGCGACAGAUUGCAUUUAAUCGGACAUAGCCUCGGAGCACAUUUGAUGGGUAUCGCUGCGUCGAAAACUAAUGUGAGAGUAGGAAGAGUCACCGGCCUUGAUCCAGCACGACCUCUCUUUGACAGUUGCAGCCUGCGCGUUUUUUUCCUACGAUUUUGGUGCCCCCCUAGACGUGGUGCCCUAAGCAAGUGCUUAUUUUGCUUAAUGGUUAAUCCGGCACUGCUCUUUGAGUAUCCAAAGGUACUGGAAACGUUGUCCCUGAGCUCAUCCGUUGCGGUCUUCGUAGACGUGAUACACACAUGUGGUGGAGCCCUGGGCAUCCAAGAUAACAGUGGCCAUGCUGAUUUUUACCCAAACGGCGGUAAAUCACCACAACCUGGGUGUGACAUUCCAGAGCCUUGUAGUCAUUCGAGAGCGCACAUGUAUUUUUCCGAAUCCAUUGAUAAUCCUACUGGUUUUCCUGCUUGCCGAAGCAAACAUUGGACGGAACAUUUAAAUAGCACUGAAUGUAAACAGCAAACAUAUAUGGGAGAGAAUGCCGAUCGAAAUUCAAAAGGGCAGUAUUACUUAAAAACAAAUGCAAAAGCACCCUUCGCUAUUAAUAAUCCUAAACUACGUAGUGACUCAUAGUGGUGGUCAUCGAUUUCUGUGAUAAAAAAAUGUAUUUGGAUGUGUUACAAUUGUCUAUGUGUGUGUUUGUAUACGUUUUACUACUACUACUAAUACUAUUAAUUGUCACAAUGAAUGUUAGUUUUUUACCCAAUUUGAAACAGAGACGCUUCUUACCAGACUGCGCUCAACUCGGGCUGCUCGAUCAACUAAAAUAAAUAAGUAAAACUGAAAUUGUGUAUCUCUGUAAAGCUUAUUAAGCGUGUUAUUAUAAAGACUAAAUUUAUUUAUUUAGUCGUAUAGCAUUAAUACAAUUCUUGGUCGUUUUACAAAUUUACAAAGGAAUAUCUAGAAUAUCUAGAUUAACAAGCCCUGCUAAAGGAAGCCAACAAAAUUACUUCCAAUCCAAAACUGUCCGUCUUCUCGGAAUUUUUCUGUCCGCCUAGGCUACACUUAACAUUCGCCGUACAAUACGGCACAGGAACUUCAACAGAGCUUCUUUAACAUCAAGGAUAGGUACAUGGAGAGAGGACUGGACUGUUAGCUUGCCCAGGGCAUGCCAGCUACAAACCGCAUGGCGUUUCGGCUUCGAGGCGGAAAUGGUGCCAACGAAAUUGACUUUUCACUGAAAGCGGGCGAUCCGGAGAAUUUAUGUUUAAGACCCCCACGAAAGAGGACCCGCGUGAAAUCACCUUUUCAUACAAACGUAGUCCUCAUUUUCCUCUCUGGAUAUUAACAUUAUUGAGGAUAUUUUGGCACAAUUUGUUGUAUAUCAGUUAUGCCCCUACGUUUGAUUUUUUCGAAUUUUUAAAUUAUCAUAAGACUCCCAGUAGGGCUAAGAUAGUCGGCUCUUUAUCAUUUGUCACCAUGCCUGUCACGUUCUAACAAGUAUGUAAGCGCAAAAGUGACGGGUAUAGUGACAGGUGAUAAAAAUGGAACCAUGCUGCCACUGCUGCAUUUAAAAAUUUGUAUGAAAUCUGUUUUUCGCUCGUAAUUUUUCCAAUAAUCAAAAAAUCUAAAAUAGUCAAACAUAGGGGGUAUAGCUAUGGUU